CGUCAUUCUACCCACUCCUGUCUCCUCUUGCCUCUUGCAAGCCGUCCAUCCAGCCUUCGGCGUCGCCGCCUUGCAUCCACUUGCCCUCUUGUCACCCGCAGCAGCUUUGGGUUAAUCCCACUCGCCAGUCGAGCCGACCCAAGCCGAUUCCCGCGGCUCCCAACGCCGACACAACGAUACAACAACAGACUCAUUCAUCAAUCAACAAUGGCGGGCAUCGUUGAGCCCAUCAUGGGCGAGGACAAGAAGCGAGUCUGCUACUUUUUCGACUCUGACAUCGGUAACUACCAUUAUGGGCCAGGCCAUCCCAUGAAGCCGACGCGAAUCCGCAUGUGUCACUCGCUCGUCAUGAACUACGGACUUUACAAGCAGAUGGAGAUCUUCCGCGCCAAGCCUGCGACGAAACGAGAGAUGUCCCAAUUUCACACUGACGAGUAUGUCGACUUCUUGUAUCGCAUCAACCCAGACAACGAGAGCCAGUUCAACAAGGAGCAGGGGAAAUAUAAUGUCGGUGAUGAUUGUCCGAUCUUCGAUGGCCUCUUCGAGUACUGCUCCAUCUCGGCUGGUGGCUCCAUGGAGGGCGCGGCGCGCCUCUCUCGCGACAAGUGUGACAUUGCGGUCAACUGGGCCGGAGGCCUGCAUCAUGCAAAGAAGGCUGAGGCAAGCGGCUUCUGCUACGUCAAUGACAUCGUCCUUGGCAUUCUCGAGCUGCUACGUUAUCACCAGCGCGUCCUGUACGUCGACAUCGAUGUGCACCACGGCGAUGGAGUCGAGGAGGCAUUCUACACGACCGACCGUGUCAUGACCUGUAGCUUCCACAAGUACGGAGAAUUCUUCCCGGGCACAGGUGACAUCAACGACAUUGGCAUCAACAAAGGCAAGGGGUACGCCAUCAAUAUCCCCCUGCGCGACGGCAUUAGCGACGAGUCGUACAAGAGCAUCUUCCGUCCGGUCAUGAAGCGGAUCAUCGAGUGGUAUCAGCCUGGCGCUAUUGUAUUGCAGUGCGGCUCCGACUCGUUGGCCGGCGACCGGCUCGGCUCUUUCAACCUUUCGAUGCGCGGCCACGCGGCCUGCGUGCAGUACAUCAAGUCCUUCAACCUUCCUCUGCUCAUGCUAGGCGGCGGCGGUUACACGGUCAAGAGCGUGUCACGGACGUGGGCGUACGAAACUGGCCUGGCAGCAGGGGUCGAGCUGGGCGGCCAAAUCCCCAACAACGAGUACUAUGAGUACUACGGGCCCGACUACGAACUGGAUGUCAAGCCGUCCAACAUGACUGAUCACAACCGCCGCGAAUAUUUGGACAAGAUCAGGGAGCAGGUGUUUGAAAAGCUGCGCGACAAGCCGGCGGCCCCGAGUGUUCAGAUUCACAGCGUGCCGAAGCUCGCACACGACGACGAGGACGAAAAUGAGAACGAGGACAACGAGGACAAGGACAUCCGUCGCCCUAUGCGCUUGUGGGACAAGGAGAAGCAGCAUGAGGCGUCGCUGUCCGACUCGGAGGACGAAGGCCUCGGCGGCCGGCGGCAUCGCCAGAGCCACCGCGAGGCUUCGGACAAGGCAUCGAGCAAGCGUCGCAGAUCGAAGUCGCCCCCUCUCGGCUCUGGUCCAGGCUCAGCAGCGGCUCACCCAACAGCGGCGGCGCCAGCGUCCGCCGUGCCCGUUGCUAGUACAAGUGGUGCAGCGGCGUCGGCUGGAGUAGUCCCUGGCUCCUUGACUGGCACGCUACCUGUCGUCUCGUCGAAUGCGCCUCCUGCCAGCAUGGACAUAAAGCGGUGGGCGGCCGGAGUCGAAGGGGGCGUUGAGAGCAGCGGUGGUGGGAGCAAAGCUGCGUCACCAUCACCCUAUCCCGCCCCGGCCGACGGGGGCGAUGUUGAGAUGACAGAUGUGAGCGGUGGCCCAAAGCCCGCUCAACCUGAGCAAACAGCACCAGAAGCUGGGCCGCAGGGCAUGGAGGUGGAGACGGCCGUGGAGCCGCAGAAUGAGGUGGAAGAAGCAGCCCCGGAGCCGGGCAAGCCUGCGAUCGCGAGCGAUGUUGGCCCAGAUGGGGCGUAGUUAUACUGGGAAGGUUGUAUGUAUUGCCUGCUAUUGCUU